AUGGCACAAAAGCAGCUUCCCGAAAAGCUUCUCGACCCCGACCAAGCCGCUCACGCCGCAGCAUUGGAUCGCCUACUACGUUUUAUCGUCUUCAACGAUGGGUGCAGCUGGAGCUCCUUCACUGGACACAACGAGGUGGUAUCUUACGAGGCAAUAUACCCUGACAUCGUGGCUGAGGCGGGAGUUCAGGCCUCGAAAGACAAGUUGAUCGACGGAGUUGUCCGACACUUCGAAUCCACAAGGGGUAAUAGGGCGUUCGUCGCUGGUAUCCCCAGCAAGCUCUUCUCCGUGCUGAUUAUCUCUUGGAGAGCACGUGCCCGGGACACCUGGUGUACCAACUCGGUCGUCAGCAAGGUCGGCGCUGCUGCUCCGAAGGUCCCCUCUCUGAAGGCUGUGUGCGAUAUUCACUUCAGCAACUCGAAUAGUGCGGCAGCACCGCUGUCAGGCCUCGCGCACGUGCUCGUCCAGCUCGACUGGCGAAGCUCCGGUCUCGACGACUUCCUCAAAGCUGGAAUUGACCCGAAGAUACUUGGGCAAAAUGUGACGUUUGACAAGUGGAGGAUGAGCUUGGGACCUGGAGCAGCCGUCAGAAAAGCAUGUGCUUCGUGCUGGAACACGAUGCUACUGUACACCUCGGACAAGGAGGUGUCUAGCGUAGCGGCGCAGCUAUGUGAGGACGUCAAGGAGGGGGACGAGCUCUUCGCGCUUGAAGGUGAUCAAGCAAUACCAUGUCCGCACCCCGAUCACGUCCAAAGAAGCGGAUCGUCACCUCCUCGCCCUCGCAUCGACCACCCUCCCUUGCCCUUGUACAACGCCGUGACCUUCUGCCUGGCGCGUGGUCUAACUAUGCCAAACGGCGUUCCCGCUUCUUCCUCGAUCAACGGUAACAACCUAUCUGUCCCUCCCUCAGCAACCCCAGCUGCGGCUCAUCUGGUCCAGGGUGAAUAUCUGCCCGCAGCUAGCCGCACGCCAUCGUCCUACACACCUCGCCCGAAUCAGACCGCUACGGGCGUCAUCCCCACCUCCCUAUAUCUCAAGGCGGUCUCGUCAUCCAGGCGACUUCACUUCAAGUUCCAUCGAGAGCGAGCCGUCGCCGCGGAGCUCAAGGCACAGAUCUCCGCCGAUCACGCUCGACGGAUGCACGAGGAAUCCGUCUUCCCUCCGGAAAGCAUCGCUCUCGGUCGUAUCACCGCCGACUACAAGGAGAAGGAAGCUCGGUCUCUUCGCGAUAAAGCCGCAGCGGCCGAGGUUCUCGAGACUGUGAGGAAGGAAAGGGAUUGCUUGAGGCGGGAGCUCGGGGUGGAGCGGGGGAAAGUGAAGAAGCUGGAGAUACGAGUGGACAGAUCGGAGAAGGCUGUGGAGCAGGCGGAGGCGCUGGCGGCCACCGGGCGCAACGCGGCCGAAGCUGCCGCGGACAAGAGGAUGGAGGAUUUGCGAUCGGCUCAUGCGCAGGAUCUGGGAGAGAUGCGGAAGAAGCGGGAUAAGCUUAAGGGCAAGCUAGAGGCGGAGGUAGAGCGAUCGGCCGGACUGGCUUCUCAACUUCUGGCCUCACAACACGAUAUCGGUCAACCUGCCGAAACCCUACGCCUAGCCGUAGCGGAAGCGACAAACAGCGUGAGAGCGGAGCUAUCAUCUCUCCACGCUCAAGCUCUCGGCUCGGUCGAACGGAAACGGGAUCAGCUUCGUGUCGACCUCGAGAAGGAGCGGGGCCACGCCUCGGAGCUAGCUGCGACCAUCAGCAGUCUCGAAGCGGAGGCGAAGCUCAGCUCGGAGCUCGCCCAGGCAGCCAUGGAGGCGGCGCAAACCGCUGCAGACAAGCGCAUCGUCGAGCUCGGAACGGACCUCGACUCGGCCAAGCGGGAGGCCGACGAUCUGCGGAGCCAGGCCCAGGCCGACGCUGUCCGCUUGACCGAGUCCGCCGCUCGGAUCGCCGAGCUGGAAGGGGCCGUCAAGGAGGCACAAUCCGCCCUCUCAGCGUCAACGGCGGCCAAGCAGGCGGUGGAGCGCAAGCUGGCGAACAGCAUCUUGACCCAUACCCAAAAGUAUGGCACCAUCAAGAACGCUCAGGCCGCCCUACAGGCGGAGGCGGACAAGCGUGACACCCAAGCUUCGAGUCUCUUGGAGACAGUCAAGGCGCUCGAGCGGAAGCUAGAGAGCCAGGACGAGGUCACCAAAUCGGCCGCGAUGCGGAUCGUCGAGCUCGACAAGGACGUUCAGACGGCCCGGACUCAGCAGGCUGCAGCGGAGGCGCGACUCGACAGUGCUAUCGCCUCUCACGCGGGGCAUGUCGAUGCUGUUCGGAGCGCUCUGCAGGUGCAGCUAGACCAGGAGCUCGGUCGGACCUCGGAGCUCCAGACUAGGGUCCAACAGCACAUGGCGGAUGCGCUGUUGGCAUCGGAAGUGGCGGGCAAGUCGCUUCACCAGGAGCAAGCCCAGAGCCAGCGUCAGCUCUCGCAACUCCGGCAAGCGUCCCAGGCGCACUUUGUCAGGGAGAGCAAGAUCCUCAUGGAUCGCAUCGCGACGCUGGAGAUCCAGCUGAGGGAGAGCACGUCGACUUAUGAGGCCCGGACGAGGCAGGAGAAGGCGAGCGGGUGGAACGCGUUCGCCGAUCUUGAGAAGGUGUAUGUGGGCAUGCGGGAGUGGCAGACUGGCUCUACAGAUGGGUUCAUACCCGCUGCUAUCCAGUACGGCGGAUCGCUUCAGGUAGGAUCUGCUCAUAGAGCAUCGCAGACUGGACCAUCUACGUCUUCUCGUAGCACCUCCCUCACCGUACCCGCUCAAAGGGCCCAGCUGGUCUCGUUGGGCUCUGCCUUCUCUUCCUCCGCUAUCGUCCCACGACAACGCCCGAACAGCUUCACUGGCCCGAUUCCGUCAGACAGGGCACAGGAAAUUGAGCAGCUGGGAACGGGAGGAUCGGUGCCGGUAUCAAGGCGUCCCAGCCCAAGCGGAGUUCAGGUUCAGGCUGUCGUGACCAACCGAAGCUCUUCAGUGCCCGCGCCCAUCUUCCCCGCGAUGCCAAACUCGUCAAGCUAUGCACCUAGCGCUUCGACCUCAUCCCGACCUCCUCAGCAAACAAUCUCGGCUGGCUUGACUGAAUCCACCCUGGCGGUGGAAAAAGGGAAAUCGACGAAUGAGGGCGAUUGUGCCAAUGCAGAUCAGGCGGGGCCGAUGCAGACAUGA